AUCGAGGCGCGAUAUUGACGAUCGAUACCUCACGAGCCUGACAACAAACCUCGGAAAAGUAGGUCGCCUACAUAGGUUAUGUCUUCCUCGAUGUAAUCGCGAUUUCUCGUGAAAUAAGUUCUCCGUGCGUUACUUCGAUCUAACCUAACCUAUAUCGUACAGUGAUCACCUGAUCACACGCAUGUUUCGCUCGCUGACGGAUUCACGAGUCGCCGUAAUGAGUUUGAGACAGGUCUGCAAUGCUGUUCUCUGCCGGCGGCUGCAAGGCACAUUCGCCAAACGACUCUUCGUCACGGAAUCGGCAGAGUCGAGGAACGAAACGGUCGACGUAACCGCCGCCGAUGAGAAGCCCGAGUUCUCGGAAACGCGGAGUAGGCACGUCCAGAGGCAGAUCGCUAGGAAACAGAAUAAGUCCCGGCUGGAACCGCAGCACAGAAAUAUUGUCAUGGGCGUGCGCCCUUACAAGUCAUCUAAGGAUUGGUUUCAUACUACUGUCAAGUACAAAAAACGAAUGCUGGGCAGAUAUGGUUUGGAAGGUAACGCCGAGCCGGCAGGAUUUGCGUGGCCUACGCCGGAGGAAAUCGAGGACGCCAAAGAAUACGAGAGAGUCGCUUACCCCAGGUCUCUCCAGGAGAGUUGGGAGAGGAUAGAAUUGCGAAACAAAAGGAGAGCUGAGCAGAAAAAGCUUAGGGAAAAUACUAUAAUUGAGAAACUGGGAAAAAUGGAGCAAUGGACGACCGAGUUGCAAGAUAAGAUCGCUAGGAAGGAAGCCGCACUAGAGGCUGCGAGAUUGCGCAAGGAACGCCUGGUGGAGGAGGUCAGGAGACACUUCGGCUUCAAGAUUUCACCCAACGAUAAUAAAUUCAAAGAGAUGCUGGCGCAAAAGGAGAAGGAGGAAAAGAAGAAGAACAAAGAGGCUAAGAAGCAAGCUAAACUGGAGAGAUUCCAGAGGAUGUUGCAGAAAAACGUCAAGAAUGAGAGUAAUGAGCAGGCAACCGAGUCGCCCGAGAAAUCCGCGGAAUAAGGACGUUUUUGUGCAUUCGCAAAGUACAGUGUGUAAAAUAAUAAAAUUUAAUUCUAAUUACUAAAUUGA